AUGCAGGAGCUGUGUCUGCUGUGUUGGGCCAUUCUCCUGGGCCUGGGGCAGGCCUGUCCCGAGCCCUGUGACUGUGGGGAGAAGUACGGCUUCCAGAUCGCUGACUGUGCCUAUCGAGACCUGGAGGCUGUGCCACCUGGCUUCCCAGCCAACGUGACCACGUUAAGUCUGUCUGCCAAUCGUCUUCCUGGCUUGCCAGGGGGCGCCUUUGAGGAGGUGCCCCUGCUGCAGUCACUGUGGCUAGCGCACAAUGAGAUUCGCACGGUUGCUGCCGGUGCGCUGGCCACUCUAGGCCAGCUCAAGAGCCUGGACCUCAGUCACAACCUCAUCUCUGACUUUGCCUGGAGCGACCUGCACAAUCUCAGCGCCCUGCAGUUGCUCAAGAUGGACAGCAACGAGCUGGCCUUCAUCCCUCAAGAUGCCUUCCGCAGCCUGCGCGCCCUGCGCUCCCUGCAGCUCAACCACAACCGCUUGCACACGCUGACCGAAGGCACUUUCACGCCUCUCACCGCUCUGUCCCACUUGCAGAUCAAUGAUAACCCAUUUGAUUGCACCUGCGGCAUUGUGUGGCUCAAGACAUGGGCCCUGGCCACUGCUGUGUCCAUCCCGGAGCAGGACAACAUCGCCUGCACUUCACCACAUGUGCUCAAGGGUACGCCACUGAGCCGCCUGCCGCCCCUGCCAUGUUCGGCACCCUCAGUGCAGCUCACCUACCAGCCCAGCCAGGACGGAGCAGAGCUACGGGCUGGCUUCGUGCUGGCACUCCACUGUGAUGUGGAUGGACAACCAGCACCCCAGCUGCACUGGCACAUUCAGACACCCGGGGGCACCGUGGAGAUUGCCAGUCCCAAUGUGGGUGCAGAUGGGCGUGCCCCGCCUGGAGCCCCAACAACCAGAGGCAGGCCCCGCUUCCAGGCUUUUGCCAACGGCAGCCUGCUCAUCCCCGACUUUGGCAAGCUGGAGGAGGGCACCUAUAGCUGCCUGGCCACCAAUGAGCUGGGCAGUGCUGAAAGCUCAGUGAAUGUAGCGCUGGCCACACCAGGUGAGGGUGGGGAGGAUGCACUGGGACGCAGGUUCCACGGCAAGGCAGUGGAGGGCAAGGGCUGCUACACCGUUGACAAUGAGGUGCAGCCUUCUGGGCCCGAGGACAAUGUUGUCAUCAUCUACCUCAGCCGGGCUGGGAGCCCCGAGGCAGCAGUCACAGCAGCCGGGGUCUCUGGGCAGCAGCCCCCAGGUCUAUUCUUGCUGGGCCAGAGCCUCUUCCUCCUCUUCCUCGCCUCCUUCUAG